AGCGCUGCGUGGGGGAGACUGUUCCAAGAUGGCGGCGGGUUGCUGUGGGGUGAAGAAGCAGAAACUGUCCAGUUCGCCCCCCUCUGGCUCGGGCGGCGGUGGUGGCGCCUCCUCCUCCUCCCACUGCAGCGGGGAGAGCCAGUGCCGAGCCGGGGAGCUGGGACUAGGAGGCGCCGGGACGCGGCUCAACGGGCUGGGCGGGCUGAGCGGCGGCGGCGGCGGCGGCGGCUGUACCCUCUCUCCCCCCCAGGGCUGCGGCGGCGGCGGCGGCAGCGGCGGCGGGGGCAUCUCGCUGUCUCCACCUCUGAGCUGCGGAGUGGGAACCCUACUUUCUACUCCGGCCGCCGCCACCGCCUCCUCGCCGUCCUCCUCGUCCUCAUCCCCGGGCUCCCGGAAGAUGGUGGUGUCAGCGGAGAUGUGCUGCUUUUGCUUCGAUGUGCUCUACUGUCACCUGUAUGGAUAUCAGCAGCCCCGGACCCCCCGCUUCACCAACGAGCCCUACCCACUGUUUGUAACAUGGAAGAUUGGUCGAGACAAAAGAUUGCGUGGAUGCAUAGGUACUUUUUCUGCCAUGAAUUUGCAUUCAGGACUCAGGGAGUACACACUUACCAGUGCCCUUAAAGACAGCCGUUUUCCACCAAUGACAAGGGAUGAGCUGCCACGGCUUUUCUGUUCGGUGUCUCUGCUCACUAACUUUGAGGAUGUCUGUGACUAUUUGGACUGGGAGGUGGGUGUGCAUGGCAUUAGAAUAGAAUUCAUCAAUGAAAAAGGAUCAAAACGCACCGCCACCUACCUACCGGAGGUUGCAAAGGAGCAAGGAUGGGACCAUAUUCAGACCAUAGAUUCCUUACUGAGGAAAGGAGGAUACAAAGCUCCGAUUACUAAUGAAUUCAGGAAAACCAUAAAGCUGACCAGGUACCGUAGUGAAAAGAUGACCUUGAGUUAUGCUGAAUACCUUGCUCAUCGCCAGCAUCAUCACUUCCAAAAUGGCAUCGGGCAUCCCCUUCCGCCAUACAACCAUUAUUCCUGACACUGAGCCGCACAACCAGUCACUGGGCCUCUCUGCAGACCUCUUCCCAGGAGACCCUACACCUUCUUGGUCUAGCUAUCUCUUUUACUGUACCAUUUUAUGAUGAUAGUUUCCGUUGCCAUGGUGAAGCUUCGACAUUGUCAGUUAAGACCAUCAUGGUAACGGGUAGGAAAAUGGCAUUUGUUAAGAAGAUCUUGUUAUUAUUUUAGAUCAUUGAUUUUUUUUUUUUUUUGCAGCACAUACAGCUUUUGGAGUUUUCUUUCCUUACAAUAUUAGGUAUAUUUUUGCUUUGCUAUCUCAGUCAGGUUUCUGUCUUUCUAUCCCUUUUCUUUUUCCUGCUUCCUCCUCCCUUUUGACUGUGGAUGGAAGAAAGUAUGCAGUUUUUGAGGAUUUAUUAGGUUUGUCUUUAGUAUUCCUCAGUAAGAUAGUCAUUUUUUGAUAGCUGAGUUGGGGAUUAAUUGAUAAACAAAUUCAGGUAUUUGUAUAUUACUCUUGAAUUUGCCUAAAAUUCUCUUUGCUAUGGUAGCUUUGUAUUUGGGUCAAGUACAUGUUUUUCCCAUGGUUAAACUAAAUGAGCUUUAGUUUAAGUAAUGAACAUUCAAAGGUCCAUGAUAGGGCUUGUCACAGAGAGCAAAAAUCCAUUGACACCUUCUGUGCUGGUUAUCGUAGAAGAGACAGCUCAUGGAGUUAUAGAAUCCAUUUACAAUCUAAAACGCUGUUUUAGAAAAGUAUAAGCUACCUUUCAAAUGAGCUGCAGAAUUCAUUUGGAAAGGCAGCAAAUAUUAGGAAGAGAUGAGAUGCAGAUUUAGUGCCUUUGAGAAGACUGUAAGUCAAAUUAAGAGGGGUUUUGAAAAGGCAAUUUAGAGAAAUAUUCUUGUAAAAUUUUAUUGUUUCUAUAUAAGAAACAACAGAUUACAAAAAGUCCUUACUCCAAAGUAUUUUUUUAGGUGAAAAAAUUAUUUUGAGCAAAUAACCAAAAAGACACUUGUCUAUUUUGUAUUAAUUUAAAUUUGUUAGCUUUAGGUUUCAAUGAGUCAUAAUUGGUCAGAGACAACUUUAGCUACUAUCUAAGACAUGAUAAAGAUAAUCUAGUGAAACAAAAGUUCAUAUAUACUAUGAUUUCAAAUUUGUCUAUCAUGGAGACAAUGCUGAGUUUCAGAGAUACUAUAAAGAGUUUGAAUCUCUUUCUGCACUACAUACUUUUGAUAGAAACACAUUUCUAUGUUGACAGAUAUUAUGUUGGACCUGUGAAGAUGGCAUUCAGAUAUAUUAAUUAGAGCCCAGCUCAUUUGCAGGGCUAUUCUUCCCAUGGCACAAUCAAAGAAAACUUAACUGAUGUCAAUGGGAAGCCCUUAUAUUUAUCCCCAGGAAAACCACAGAUGAUUCUGGCAAAUGAUGACCUUUGUUUAUGGUAGUAUAUAUAUAUAUAUAUAUCUAGAUAUAUAUAUAUUUGGGAAAAUAUAUAAUUUUUUUCAAAUAGAAAGUCAAUAUAACAAGUGGUGAAUGAAAUUAUGCUGUAGAAUGUAUAUUCUAAAACUAUGACAUGCCGCUGAUUAAUGAAAUGGUCAAGCUUAUACAUUUAAUUGCUGUGAUAAAUGACAGACUGGUAGUUUAGAAAAUCAUUUUCUAGUUUGUAAGACAAUUGGAUGAAUUCGCUCAAAGUAUGCAGUUUCAGUUUUUGAUGAGAGUUCUUCGAAGUUUGGUAUUCCUUCAUCCACAGCAUCCAUUGUUGAAGUAACCAUUUUCAGUUAUGAUGCCUUAACUAAGAAGCCAAUUGCUAGCCUGAAAGGCAAUCUCAGUAGCCAAUUCUACUGAAUUCAGAGACUCAUCAAAAAAACGUAAGCUUCUGGGCUUUAGAAUGGGCUUUUAAGUCCUGUUGUUUCUGCUUGGAAGCAUGUUGUGAUAGAUUAGUCUUUCGGUAUAAAAGCAAGCGGCUACCUGAUAUUUUCUUGCCCUUAUAGGGAAAGUGAGCACAAGCUGAAUGGUAUUGUCUGCUGCAAAAAAAUAAAUAAGUAAGUAAAUAAGAGAAAGAAAAAAGUAAGAAACAUACAAAUUGAAGAGAGACAGAAUAGACCAAUAUUGUUGUGAAAUCCAUCUUAUCCAUCAUCUCAUCAUUUCAACAGCUCCUCGUCCGGGGUGAGCUUAUGGCUAGUUUUUUUCUGUUGUUAUUGUUUUUAAAGAGAAGAUCUAUCACAUACAUAUAUGCAUGUAUGUAUACAUAUACUUACACAUGCAUACAUGCAUAUAUGUGUGUUUAUGUAUUUAACGGUGCUAAUCAAUCUUGAGCAGGUCACGUGACUGGUCAUGCGGACUCUAAAAAUCAUAUCAGAGUUUUUAAAAUCCUUGAUAUAUGCAGAUAUUAUACAGAUUUUCUUACCAGUGUAAUAAUGUUAUACUGAAGAAUAACCAUCCUGCAGGCUUCAAAGGACGAGGUCAGCAAUAUUUCCCACCAUGGCUUGGGGAAAAAGGAUAGUUUUGUCUCCUUUUGUAUUCAAGUUGAUGCACAGUGCAUUUUUGUGUCUAAGUAGCUGUUGACUAAAAGACUUUGUAGUGUAAAGGGUGUUAUACAAACUCUAAUGGUGUGCUUCAGACAAACAAAUGCUAGGCCCUUUCACUUUUGAUGUAUAUUACAAAGCUGUUAAAUAUGUGGUUUGAAAUAACUUUGAACAUGUGGAAAUAUGUAGCGUGUGUCUUUAACUCGGACAAAGAUUCUAAUUGCACAAGUUGUGUUCUAGCCAGUUGUGGUUUAUUUGUUCAGAAACACAAAUGUGAAUUGCACUCUUUAUCACCAGAAUAUUGUAUAAGUUCCGUGAUCUUUAAACAGCUCAGAAGUAAUACUUGAACUUCAUUUGAGUAGCACAAAGUUUACAGAUGCCCUUUUAAAUGUUAAUUAGUUCCAAGUUAAGUUUUCCGUUUUUUUUUUUUUUUUUUUGUUGCUGUUGGUUUUUUUUUCUUUCUUUCUUUUUUUUUUUCAAAUGCAACUGGGUAUUUUCUUGGAAAACAGUGUGUAUUUUAUUUUGGUAUGUAGCAAAAGGCUUCCACUUCUGGAAGGUUUUAUUGUUCUUAAACAAGGUCAGCCAGGUACCAGAUUCUAUAAGAACAAUUGCCCCCCCCCCUCAAGUGGCCUUCUGAUUGCACGAAUGUGCAGCUACCCUCUCUAAUCGCCCCCAUCCAGAGGAGGUCAGUGAAAGCAAUGGAGGAAGUGCAAGGCUUGCUCUCUCCCCUCCCCCGCACCUCACCUAGGAUGUCCAGUCCAAUGCAAAUGGUUCCAUUGCACGUCCAGCACACCGGAAGUUUGUAUACUGGCCUCUUUUCCUGUCUUCAAAUGUGCAAGAAUUCGAAACUGUCAUCUGGAAUAGGUUCCAUCUCUUACGUGUGUUAGAUCAAACCAAAGAAGCCCCCAGCCAUGCCCAAAUGCUGCUCCAAAAGCCUGCCUUCCGGUCCUUACAAAAACCUUGCAGGAUUAAAUGUGUUAACUUUUUUAUUUUUGUACAGUUUCUAAGUGAUUUUUUGCUAGUGACGUUAAAAUGAAUUAAGUUUAUUUGAGGAGUGUACGCACCUCCUCCAUUUAAAUAAACUGGUGACUUUCCUUUUAUUUUUUACAAGUGGAAACCCAUUGUGUGCCUCUCGAUUUAAGGGUUUCUGAUUACAUUAUUCUUAAGACCAGCAUUGAUCCUUUAUAUACAAAGAUAUGUUUUCCUUGUUUUUUAUUACAGUUUCAGAAGAAAAUGAACCUUUUAUUUUGCUCCAGACCCAGUAACUGCGCUGGUACAUAGACGCACUGAGAAAAACAAAACAAACAAACAAACAAACAAUACUUUUGUAACCACCUCUGACUGCUUUUGUAUAUCAAAGUUGAUUACUUUUGAGAUAUUUGGAUCUAGUUUCUAAGUUAUUUUAGUGUUUUAUAUGUUCCCCCAAAUUACUUUGAAUCAGUCACCAGCACAAAGAGUUUUUGGUGAUGCAAUGGUGAGACUUGUAAUGAGCAUAAAGCUACCUGGAGUAGCUCUCCCUCCCCUUCUUAGUACCUGGUAUUUUGAUUACAGUGAGACAUCACGGAUUACCUGAAACCCAUUCAUUAUAACUAGGUCCUCCCUCCUUCCACACUGAAUUGCUUACUAGUUUGAAGAAGCUAUUGGAAGUGGGUAUUUUAUAUGACCUGUAUGGCUUUACAAUAUUAAAAAUGAACAAAAAAAGAAAAAAA